AUGCUAGGCGACCUCGCAAAAAAUUUGUUUCUUAGAGUUGAGACUAGCCUGUUUUCCAUGUCUGAUAAGAAAAUCUUGGACCAAAUUUAUGCAACUCAUUAUGUCAAUGUUGAUACUUCCUUUGAUGAGGAUUCUCUUUUCGAAAUUGUUGAAAACAUCCUCAAGCAUGCAAUCCAAACUGUCGACAAAAUUGUGCAGGGUACCCAAGUGCAUGAGGAAAACAUAGAGGAGAAGCCCCUCAUGGCCAACUUCAGUACACCAUUGUGCAUACUUAAGUCCAUAGCCAGCGAGAUGCAAUGCAAACCUCCUGGUGAGAAAGUUGCCCAUGAAACUGCCCUUGUAAUACUGAACAAGCUGUCAAACUAUUCAUGGGAAGCAAAGGCAGUGCUGACUCUGGCAGCUUUUGCUAUGGAAUAUGGGGAGUUCUGGCUCCUUGCCCAGGCUCAGGAAUCGGACCGACUUGCCAAAUCAAUUUCAAUCCUGAAGAGAGUCCCUUUCCUCCUCAAGCCCUCAAACCUGCAAAAAAGAAGGCAAGCAGUGGUUGAGCUUAACAACUUGAUCAAGGUUACAAUGCAAGUUAUCGGGAUCUUCGAUCAGUUUGAAAAGCUUUCCAGUUACGAUCCAAGGGAUGUGCCGGAGUUGGCAUUAGCAAUGGAACAUAUUCCAGUGGAUGCAUAUUGGGCUAUUUUGACUCUUGUUGCUUGCGCAACUAAGGUCACUAUUCUCACCAGUGAUGAGGACAAGGAGCAUGACCUAGUCCCAUACGCUCAAAAAAUCCAUUUCAUCCUGAACAAGCUUAACGUACAGCUGAAAAUUUGUAGAAAACAAGUUGAGGACGCAGAAGCUUACCGGAGGAUAAGGAAAAUCUUUCGAACUCCUACUGAAAUCAAGGAGGUUUUCAAGGCCCUGAUCUUUAGCAAAGACAAUGUUCAGCCACUGAUUGAUGGUUCUACUGAACAAACGGUUGAUAUCGACAUCCUGAGGAAGAAAAACAUACUCCUAUUCCUUUCAAGCCUAGAUAUCACUGAUGAUGACAUUUCUAUCCUCAAACCCAUUUAUGAGUUCACUAAGAAAGAGGACCAGCAUAAGAUUGUGUGGAUUCCAAUCGUCGAGCAGUGGACCAAUGAGCUGCGAAAGAAGUUCGAGACCCUGAGGAUCAAGAUGCCGUGGUACACAGUGCAGAUCUCUGCACCCAUAGCUGGUAUCAGGUUCAUCAAGGAGGAGUGGAACUUCAAGGGUAAGCCUACAUUGGUGGUGAUGAGCCCACAAGGAAAGGUUGAACAUUCCAACGCAUUCCACAUGAUUCGGGUAUGGGGGCCCAAGGCCUUCCCUUUCACAGAAGCAAGAGAGAAAGAAAUCUCAAAGUCUCUUCAAUGGUUUGGCAAUUUAAUCAGAGAGAUUUAUCCGACUCUACCCGACUCUAAAGAGGAUGAGUACAUUUUCUUCUAUGGAGGCAAAGACAAAGACUGGAUCAAACAAUUCAAAGAGAAAGCAACUGCUCUUGCAAAUGAUCUCAUCUUGAAGGAAGCAAAGAUUAACAUAAAGUUGUUUUGUGUGGGGAAAGACAGCAAGGGAGAAGAUGACUUUGGCAUUCUAUGGCGCUUCUGGACCGGAAUAGAAAGCCUGUUCCACACCAAGAUACACAAGCAGGCCGACUCAGCCACGCUAGAUAUCCAAAAGCUACUUUCUUACAAAAAUGAAAGUGGAUGGGCUGUGCUCAGCAAGGGGUCUUCUUUGGUUGUCGCCGGUCAUGGUAUCUCAAUUUUGAAGGUGACAGAGGACUUUGACAAAUGGAAGGGACAAGUGAGAGAGAAAGGCUUUGAGUUUUGUUUCACGACAUACUAUGCGAAGAUUGGCUUUACACCUUGCUGCCGCCUUGAUAUUCCAGGCUCUACCGGGAAGGUCCCGGACACAAUGAAAUGUCCCGAUUGCAACCGUAGCAUGGAGACUUUUAUCAGUUACAAGUGCUGCCACAUUGAUGCUCCUAAUGUGCAUCAUUAAGUUCUGGGUUUCGUUCUUUUAGUACCACUGCUAGGCAGUGAAUAUUAUGCUAGAAUAAAAGGGUAUCUAAUUUCCCAUUCCUGUAAUGUGGAGUACAGAUUGUGUAAUUGUUCUAUUAUGUUUCUUUCGGCCAGAUUAUUCAUGGCAGUCUUUGUGAUGUUAAUGUUUUAUUGGUUAAUAAUGUAUUGAAUAAUUUCAAU